GUUGAAAUUGAACACAUGACGGAGGUGUGUAUAAACUACAGCAAAACAUGCACAUGUGAGAGCUGCGUGGUGAGGAACCAACGUUUACUUCAGCCAGGCUUCACUGUCCACGCCGGGAAACACUUCGUGCCGUGUAGUAUGACUGAACCGGGACACUAUCCUCCGCCGGACUUCGGCUGUCCCCCUCCGAACUCUAUCCAGCACCAGCAGCAGCAGCAGCCCCGCAGCUCCAGCAGCUUCCACCCCAGCAUGUGGAGCUGGUGCGAGACGCCGUCGGAGCCCAGCUGGGGCCACAGCGGUCAGGCGGGGUGGUAUCAAGGGGAAGCUGCAGGGUUCGGUUCUCCAACAGGACGUGGAAACUAUGGACCUAAACGUCCAUACGGUCAAAACUCUGGUCACGAGUGGCAUCAAGGUGGACAUAGAGGUGGAAGACAGAAUUAUGGACAACCCAACAACUAUGGCAAGAAUCAGAAAAAUAAGAAGGAACCGGAGUUUAGCCAUUUUUGUGACACCUGUGACCGAGGCUUCAAAAACCAGGAGAAGUACGACGAGCAUAUUUCUCAACAUGUCAAGUGUUCUGUGCCCGACUGCAAAUUCAUGGCUCAUGAAAAAAUAGUCAACAUCCACUGGAAAAAUAGCCAUGCACCAGGAGCUAAAAGAAUCAAGCUGGACACACCAGAUGAGAUUGCAAAAUGGAGAGAAGAGAGGCGCAAAAACUAUCCAACACUUCACAACAUUGACAAGAAGAGAAAAGUGAUGGAGGUUCGGGAGGAGACUGGAGCAGUUCUAGAGACAGCUCAGUUUGGACGAAUGAGAGGCAGAGGCAGAGGACGGGGUCGAGGUCGAGGUCGUGGCUGGGGUAACAGAGGUUUCCAUGGGCAACACCAACGAGGCCCUCGCCCAUCAGACAGCAGCGCUACAGAGAGACCUCCACCCCUCACCCAGGGCUUCAGGGACGAGGAUCCACUGGGAGUGCUGGCCAGCAGUGACCAUGAUUCUGACAGAGAGGACCCAGCUGCAGAGUCCAGGACCGGUGGACUAGUUGUGGCUCCGAAACAGAUGAGCUCCGCUCUGGGCUCCCUGGUGGCCAACUAUGGCUCCAUGAGUGAGAGUGAAAGUGAUGAAGAACCAGAGGCCAUCCCCAUUCAGAGAGCCAAAGACCUUGUGAAAGAAAACCAGGCUCUCCUAAACACAAUAAUGCCAAUCUCCCAGGACAGAGGACCCUUUAAAGGCCGGGAAACCUCUUCACAGGGUACAGGGGGUCAAAGAGUCCCACAGCAUGAUGCUGUUCAACACACACCCAACAGCGAAAGAGGAAGGAGAGGAAGAGGAGGCAGGGGAGGAAGGGGGGGACGGGGUGGUAGAGGAAGACACCAAGACACACCUCAGGCACGUCGUCCCACUCUGCUUGAGAUGUUACUGGCCCCAGAUAUCCGACAUGAGAGGAACGUCCUCCUGCAAUGUGUGCGCUAUGUUGUCCGAAACGAUUUCUUUGGCCUGGAGAACAGACCUCAGAACCAGCAGAGGAUAAACGAUAAACCCGCAGCAGCUAUCAAAACUGGAGAACAUGAAGGGAGGCGGGAAAAGCGAUCAGAGGAACACAGGGGUGUGCCUCGGCCGGCCUCUCUGGUCGGUAGUCAGGAGGAUUUAGAAACAAGUCAGGACCAGGGUUUGCAAAGGGAGCACGCAUGUUCAGAACUGUCCAAGGACCCCGUGGACUCGGUAGCAAACACUGAGAAGGUUGCAGGAGAUUUCAUCCAAAACGGUGUAGAGACAUCUGCCAAAGACUGCAACAGCCCGGAUAAAACCACAUCUAAUCUUUAUGAUGAUGAAAUAUGGGAGAGCCCUGGUGCUGUUAUGUGAAACCCUAUCAAAUUAAUAAAAUGGAUUAAUCUUUUUGUUGUUUAGAACAUAAAAGUGAGAUUUUCGUCUUUCAUACAUUGAUGUUAAUAGUUUCUUCUGAUCAUUUUUUUAUGUAAUGUUAGUAUAACUAACAAUAUCCAGUUAUAUUUUGUAACAUAUGUUGAAGAAAGAUAAUAUUUUUUCCCCUUUGAAAUAAACCACAAGUCUAUUGAUAAUUUUA